AAAAUAUCGCCGUUUUAAUUUUUGCCAGCUUCCACUGAUAAUAAGAAGAUGUCAAAAAUCUUUCUAGGUUUCAAGAUUUGGCUAAUAUGUACCAGAGAAUGUUUCCAACGUUAAGAGUUGAUGUUGAAAAGGAGCUGAUAAGGUAUAAGGGAUAUGCAGAGAAAAUUAAACCGUACGUUCGCGAUACAGUUUCCUUUCUUGACAAAGCUAUUAAGGAAGGGAGAAAAGUACUUGUGGAAGGAGCUAAUGCUGCUAUGUUAGAUAUAGAUUUUGGUACAUACCCAUAUGUGACGUCUUCCAACUGCAGCGUGGGUGGUGUAUGUACCGGGCUUGGCAUUUCACCACAUAGAAUUGGUGAAGUAAUUGGAGUCGUCAAAGCAUAUACAACUAGAGUCGGCGACGGCCCAUUUCCCACCGAACUUCAUGAU